AUGCAGCAUAGCUACGGAUUCGAGUAAGUAACUUCAUGAACUGUGCUCUAGUGGGAUUGUUGAGGAGCUAAUGGAAAACUACCAAGCAGCAAUUCCCUUCAACACGUUUUCGUUGAAUGUCAACCCUCGAGUUGCUUUCUUCCACCAUCAACUGGUGACACUGCAUUCGUGAGUUAUCACUUGACAUUGGCUGUGCAGUCAUGACGGAAAAACUGAUAUGAAAAACAGACAUUGGACGUCAGUGACAGGAGGUGACCCUAUCCCCGAAAAGCGGGGGCACCCACCGUGGCCUGCCUGGGAAAACGACAUCGAUGCCCACAAAUACCACAUGUUCUACAACAACGCUCGCGAAGGAAGCUACAAUGGCCGAAAAUUAGCAAAGUCUUACGCUACGCCGCUACCCGUAAACGUUGACGGGCAUGCUGAGCUGUACGCACCAUUUUAAGGGUGGGGACAUAUGUGCAGUCAUGUUGGAAGUCAAAGGCCACGGGAAAAUACAGCGGAAGGAUUGACUUCGUACGGUUGAGAAUCCGGGUCCAUGGGACACUAAAUGUGAGUCUUCACUGUCGUUGCUACAGAUGGACAACAGCAAGAAUACUGAUAGUUGUAAUAAACGAAUCACGCAAAAAACAGGCUCUGGUUCCGUGAAUUGCGGCUCACCAGCCCGUGUCAGAUCCUCAACGGCUCGGUUCGGUGGAGUGACCGUCGUGUUGGCAGAUGUGUGCCAAUCUUUGAAAACCAAAGCGCAGGGCAGCAUGACUAACUGACCGGUUGGACUGUAACAUCACAGGGGAUCCGAAGCAAUGCCUUCCCGUUAUUCCCAAGUCAUCGCCUGCACAAAUUGUCGACGCUUGCAUCAUGAAUGCUGACUUCUGGGGGGAAGUUGAGGUGCUGCAUCUCUCUGUAAGUAGUAGUCCUUGCCUGACUUUUAGACCCUAUACUAACAAUGGCACGGUGCGAGCGCAGACAAACAUGCGUCUUCUGGCCGCUGCAGAUCGCACGACCGAAACGGAACGGGCAAAGGCACAGGGCUUUGCAGUUUGGCUCUUAGGAGUUGGAGACGGGUCGGCGAACGAAACAGAAGACUCUAUCGCGCUCCCACGUGAGCUUCUCUUGCCGGCGACCGCGAGGAACACAUCCGGGUUGAUCAGACACGUUUAUCCCGUCCCCGCGCUCGAACUGGACAAUAUGUCAAUAGGCGAAAAAAUCGAAUACUUCCGAGAUCGAGCAAUUCUGGCGCCCAAAAAUUCGCAGGUGGGUCAGAUCAACGACAUGGUGCUCGACCUGCUGUCGGGUGACGCUCAAACGUUCUACAGCGCGGAUUCGGUCGAAAACGAAGACGAAUGA